AUGCUCUGCAGCCUCAGCAAUACGUCCGAGCAUCCGAGACAAGCGGGCUCACAGUGGUCAGCGAUCUCUUUGGGUAAGGCUUUGAGCAGAUUCCGUAGCGCUGGUCGUUGGAGGUCAGCUUUGCAGGAGAUUCAAGAUGCAAAGCACCGGGCACUGAAAACAGAUUUGGUUGUGUUCAACAUCGCCUUGGGUGCCGUUGCAUCUCAUGGCCGUUGGCAGCUGGCGUUGUCAAUGACAGCUUCUGAACAGUCUCCCGACACGUACUCUUGGAACACACUGGCAGGCGCAGUCUCAAAAGGGAAGUUAUGGACCCGUGCGCUGGCCACAUUGCGACUGGUACGUGGGCUGCAGGUUGCGGACACCGUGACAUACAACACAGCUAUUUCCUCCCUGAAGGGACAACCAGCAGGUUGGUUUCGAGCAUCGUCCCUGCUGCUGCAAGUGUCCCUAGCGAAACUCCAACCGGACGUGAUGACCUGUUCCAGCACUGCCGCCUGCGCGCAAGACAUGGGUUCUUCUGGAGAUGCUUGGCGUGACAUCUUGGUGCACUUGGAGACGAGCAGAGGAAGCAGCCUCGCGAAGAGUGUCUACCUGUGGAGUGCAGGCAUGACCUGUGUUAGCAGGGCAAGUCGAUGGGCUUCUGCAUUGGAUCUUUUGCAGGCGGCUCGGCGUUGCAGUUUGCAGCCCAAUGUGGUCAUGCUCUGCGCUGCCACGGCAGCCGGACAAAUCGGUCAUCAGUGGCAACAGACACACACGUCUCUGGAGGCAGCCCGGGCGCAGGAGCUUGCGGUCAACGAUGUCUUCUUUGGUACAAUACUGACGGACACGAGUUGGUCGCGAGCUGUGCAGUGGUUGGAGGACAUGCACAUGUCGACGGUGCGAGCGAGCAGCCUGCUUUUGGCGAUUGCUUCUAGCACGGUUCCCUGGGAGCAGGCGCUGGAAGCUUUGCUUCCCGCAUCAGCUCACGCACAGCUUGCCGUGAACAAUGUCAUCGGUGGUUGUGGGAAGACUGCAUGUUGGCAGGCUGCCAUGGCACUCGUCCAUCGGUUCACGACACAGGAUGCAACUGCACGAGUGACUGCCGUCGGCUUCACUGCAGCUGCCGGAGCUUGCGAGCGAGGGCGGCAAAGAAGGCAAGCCGUCAUGCUCCUGAAAGAGCUUCGCAGAAGACGACUUCAAGGCGACAGAACUUCACAAGGGGCUGCUAUCGCUUUUGCCUCACAGUCCUGGAGAAGAGCACUUUGGCAGCUGGCCGUCGCCAGCACAGAGGAUGCUUCUGCUCGGGGUGAUUGGGUCAUGCAAGGAUCGGCGAUGGCCGCAUGCGGGGAGCGUGGAAAAUGGAUUCUGGUAAUGAGCUUGCUCGAUGCGCACAUGCCCAUCGAACCUGUCAAUGUGGCACUCGAAGCUUGCAAGACCAAGUCGCUAUGGACGGUGGCACUCAGACUGCUGGGCGUGGCGCUCGAAAGAGAGCUGAAAUUGGACGUGCUGACAGCGUCAAGCACACUGUCUGCUUGUGCGCAGUGUUGGCAAGAGAAUCAUUUGUGGCGCUCGACGCUCCAGCUGCUAGACAUGAUGGUCUUGCGACAAGUACGACCCAACUUGCUGUGUUGGCUGGAAGCAAUGCCAAAAGAGCAAGCAUGUCCCAUGUCGCCAAAUCUGCUGCAUAAGCUGCAAGCUGUAGCUAUCGCAUCGUUCGAAAGGUCUGCCGUGAGGCGGGCAGCAUGA